UUAGUAAUGUCAAUUUCUUAAUAGGAAUGCGUUUUGAAAGUGCAUAUUUUUCAAUAUUUAUGAUGAUAUCUAUAUUUAAUUAUAUUUCGAGAGUGCCCAAUAUUUCAAUAAAGCACUUAGAAUGAAACUAAUAGCUAAGAAUGUAACUAAAGAUGGAGAGGGGGAUGUCACCCUGGUUCCCGAAGAACCAGAAGAUAUGUGGCAUGCCUACAAUCUCAUUGCGGAGGGCGAUUCAGUCAGAAGUACCACUAUACGAAAAGUCCAGUCAGAAUCAUCCACUGGCUCUUCGACAUCGAGUCGAGUCAGAACCACCCUGACCAUAAGUGUUGAAACAAUCGAUUUUGAUAAACAGGCAUGCAUGCUUCGAUUGAAAGGCAAAAAUAUUGAAGAGAACCAAUUCGUUAAGAUGAAUGCCUACCAUACCUUGGAGCUAGAAAUGAACCGAAAAUUCUCCUUGAGAAAGGCAGAAUGGGACUCUAUAUCAUUGGAUAGGAUCGAUGAAGCCUGUGAUCCAUCGAAAAGCGCUGAUGUUGCUGCUGUCAUUAUGCAAGAAGGCAUAGCCCAUGUUUGCCUUAUAACUUCCAGCAUGACAUUGGUCAGGGCGAAGAUCGAUAUGAACAUUCCUAGAAAACGAAAAGGUUUUGUUGCUCAGCAUGAAAAGGGACUGCAAAAAUUCUAUGAUAAUGUGCUGCAAGCAGUUCUACGUCACAUCAAUUUCGACAUUGUCAAAUGCAUCUUGAUUUGUUCGCCUGGAUUCGUUAGAGAUCAAUUCUUCGAGUAUAUGUUCCAGUUUGCAGUCCAGACAGACAAUAAGAUCCUAUUAGAGAAUAAGGGCAAAUUCAUGUUGGUGCAUGCUUCCUCAGGUUUCAAACAUUCUUUAAGAGAGGCUAUGCAAGAUCCUGCUGUUAUUACCAAGAUAUCCGAUACUAAGGCGGCAGGAGAGGUUAAAGCGCUUGAAAGUUUCUACCAAAUGCUGCAAUGCGAACCUUCAAAGGCUUUCUAUGGCUUGAAGCACAUUGAAAAGGCUAAUGAGGCACAAGCCGUUGAAACCCUGCUGAUUUCUGAUAAAUUAUUUAGGUGUCAGGAUGUUAAACUCAGGAAAGAAUAUGUCCGUUUAGUAGAUUCUAUAAGAGAUUCCGGCAGUGAGAUUAAAAUAUUUUCCAGUCUACACAUUUCUGGGGAACAAUUGGAGCAGUUGACUGGAAUAGCAGCCAUUUUGAGAUUUCCCAUGCCAGAACUUGAAGACGACAGUGAAGAAGAUGAUGAAGAAUGAAUGUUUAGGUAAUUUUUGUGAUUGGAUUGUUAUUUUCAAAGCCUAGGUGGAAAAUAUGUGUUCGGAUUUUAUCAUGAUUAAUUUUGAGAAAUGUGAUCUUGUUAAUUCGUGAAAUAGUCAAUGUAUAACCUCAUUUAUUUUAUCAUGAAAUUUGGAAUUGUUCAGUAUCUCUUGACACAGGUUGAAAUAUAGAGAAAUGUGUCAGAAAACUAUGAAGCUGUAUUUUAUAUAUGGUGAUUUUUCUCGUACUGAAAUAAAUACAUAUUUGGAAUAUA